AUGAGCUCUUAUUUGGGGAUAUUCUGCCUCUUCUCAACUCACCUCGAUACAUUGUUCUGCAAUUUGGCACUGCUGCAUGCUUUUUGUUCCGGUCUUGACUCAUAUCUUCGUCUCUCUCAUCAAAGAAGGAAUCCCGAACCUACUGGGCUGAAGUCAGGAAGACAAGCGACGCUUUGGCUUAAAAUUAGUUCACCAUGGUUUGUUUCCGGCCUCCUAGCCAUUGCUCAACUCGUCAUCAGCGACCGAGAUCUUGCCCAUCUCUCGGAGGACUGCCAACGUCAAUUUUUCCCCGCAUUUACCAACCAACUGGAAGCUACGUGCAUAGUUACCGACCCCAAUUUCCUCAUACUGCGCACUUCGGUUGCAUAUGCGUUGCCUCUCAUUGGAUGCCUCGUUCUCACAGGUCUUCAAGUGCGUUGCCUGCGUCGACUAAGAUUUGUUCCACCAGAGUACCCUCUAGAACCGCGCAUAAAUUCAUCCAUUCGAAGGGACAUUACGUUAGAGACCCUUGCUCCACUCACUGAGACGAUAAACCCAAACUCCACAGGUACCAUAGAAACAGUUCACGAGUGUCCCAGACACGGCAGAAUCUCUUACGAUACGGAGACAGUGAUGUUUGAUGACUUUCGGGGUAGAUGUCAGGAAAAACGCACUACUAAAGAUACAUCAACUGUGGUUUUGAUGAAACGAUGGUUACAAACGUACCGCGGAGAGCAACUGGCAGUGGCAAUCAACAUGGUAUCAUGCAUAGUUGCAGUCGGUAUAUGGUCUCCACUUAUACUCUCCAGUCUGGCUUAUGGACUUUGUCACACGCCCGACAACGCGCACUUCGUAAAGCAGCCCCUUUAUCACAUCCCAGGUAUCGACUUGUCCAGGUAUCGCCCAGCGAGGUGCUUUAUCCAGGUGGCUGCUUCGCGGUUGGCGGACUUCCGAUGGUGGGUGUACGCCAGCACGGGACUGCUUCUGCCAAUAGCCCUCCUCCUAAUGGACAGAGGCCUAAGAAGGGCUUGCUGGCGCUCUCUCGGUCUGGGACCCCCCUUGCUAGAAAGGAGAAAGGUCUACCAAAGCUACGAGAAAGCUAUCCAUAACAACACAAAUACGAUGAAUCCAUCCACAUCAAAUGCCACUUACUAG